AUGUCUGGAGCUAACAGUGACCAGCUGCAUCGUUCCACCCUUAGCAUCUACUCACAUUUGAUGGAGCAGUUCAAUCCCAGCUUGCAACAUCUAAUUACCUUAGGCAACAGCUAUGUCAAAGCUUUUCAAGCCCUGACGUUGACAAGUGAGGCCUACUUUGGUGCACUGGCAAAGAUGGGCGAACAGGCUCUUCAUACACUGUCUUCUCGCUCUUUUGGUGAUGUGCUAAUUCAGAUCUCAGAGACUCAAAGAAAGAUUACAGCAGAGGUGGAUGGAUUGUUCUGCUGGUUCCAUGUGGAUGUAUUGCAGGCUCUGGAGAAGAAUGUCAAGCUUGAUGAAGAGUACAUAGGGGGCAGCAGGCGAGUGUAUGAGCUGGAGGUGAGAAAUCAGGCAGCGGCUUUAGAGAGACAGCUAAGACGUGGAGCAUACCGAGACACUCUGGAGGGUAGUGAAUACAUGCAGUACCUGAGGCAGAGCCAGCAUGAGAUCCUGAAAGAGGAGGAAAGGAGAUACCGCUUUCUUACUGAAAAACACUGUGGAUUAGCACAGUCGCUAUUCUACCUCCUUAACAAGUCUGGUGCAUCUCUGCAGCAGAAAGCUGAAGGGUGGAAGGAGCAAGUGAACGAAAGUCAGAACUCCAGAUCUCGUACACCAACACCAGUGGAACAGGAUACGCACUUGAGGUCUACGGUGAGUUCUCUACUCCAACCUGGAGACAGGGAGGAUGGCUGGCAUGGGCAAGACCACCAGCUGCUGGGUAGAGCACCUUCUAGAGCACCCUCGCCCUUAACGAGUCGCUCUCGCUCAGGUUCGGUGGGUGAAUCGCUGGGUGAAUCGCUGCGUCUGGGUGGAGGCCAGUCAGUUAGAGCGGUCGUCUCUUACCCCCACUCUUCAAACCCGGUGUUGCUGUCAUUCUCUCGUGGAGACACACUUACACUCCUCGUACCAGAGCCUCGUAACGGCUGGAUGUACGGACGCCAUGAUGCAACCCUACGCCAGGGUUGGUUUCCUGCAUCAUAUGUUACUAAAAUGGAAGAUUUUCAAUCUUCAGGCUCAAGUGGAUCAUCUCUGCAGUUCCAGAACACAAACAACCUGCUAGAACUAACCGGCCCAUCAGAAUCUGUCAAUCCUCGAAACUACACCGAACUCCCACCCCCAACACAUCCCCUUUCCAGAAGCCCAGCUGACCUUCGCCCAGUCUCACCCCUUAUUGAAAGAAAAACAGACUCUGGUUAUGAGACGAAGACCAGUUUUAAGAGCUAUGGCGAGAUUCCUCCUUCAGCCCAGCCUCUUCGAAGAUCCUCUGGGGAUUUUCAGCCCAGCUCUCCACUUCCUGACAGGAGGGCAGAGUCUCACUUUGAGAGUAAAUUUGAAGUGAAGAGUUACUCCACCCCUGAGAGAAGGGCGGCACCCAGCAUGGAGAGACCGAAUCCUCAUGGAGGGCUGCCGGAAAAUCGUCUUUUUCCCAGAGGAUCCAAUCCAUUUGCCACGGUGAAGCUUCGCCCUACGGUGACCAAUGACAGAUCAGCACCAAAAAUCCAUUGACCAUCUAAUGUAUGACCUAAAGAUGCUGAGCGUACCACAUGUUAAGAAAUACUGCCCCUCCCUACCUGGGUUCUGGGUAUCAUCCUCACUUCAUGUGUUCUAAAAACAUUCAAAAGGUGGAUUGGCUGGGAUUUGAUGACCUAUAUGUGUAAAUGGGUAAAUGAAUGUGUAAGUGUGUUGAUAGAUGUCCUGCAAUAUAUUAGGCUUUCCCAGAGCUUGUUCCUGCCUCACCUCCAAGGUUUCUGGGUGGCACCAGACCCACCACAACUCUGAUCAGGAUGAAGCUGUUAGUCAAAAUUAAUGAUUAAAUGACAUGUUGAAAAUAACCUUAGAUUCAAAAAUGCUCCAGACUAAAAAUUAAAAGUAAGUAAUUCACAGAAUUAAUUAUAAAAAUUAUAAGCCUCCACCUUGACAGCAUUUUGGAAAAAAUACAUUCACUGCUGAAAUAAACAACGUCAAAUCUUGUGUUAUGGUUUAAUCAGAGUUGCCAGAUACGUUAUAUGCAUGAGUUAUAUAAAUAUUAAGCAGCUUAAUAAAAAGGAAUGAUUGUUUUUCUAACUUUUUUCAAAUGCUCUUGUGAUGUUAUGAAUAUGCU